CCCGUCGCUACCACUAGACCACCAUGUCCAUGGGCACGCGGUACUCGUUCUCCCUCACGACCUUCUCGCCGUCGGGAAAGCUGCUCCAGAUUGAGUAUGCCCUCAACGCAGUCUCACAGGGUGCCACCACCAUCGGUAUUAAGGCCGCCAACGGAGUGGUCAUUGCCACCGAGAAGAAGAUGCCGUCGCUGCUGAUCGAGGCCGAGUCGGUGGAAAAGGUGGCCAUGCUCAACGAGGCGACGGGCGUGACAUACGCCGGUAUGGGCCCGGACUUUAAGGUCCUCCUCCGCAAGGGCCGCAAAGCGGCCCAGGCAUACUACCGCACCUAUCUCGAGGCGUCGCCGACCCAGGAGACCGUCCGCGAGCUCGCCUCGGUCAUGCAGGAGUACACCCAGUCGGGCGGCGUUCGGCCGUUCGGCGUCUCGCUCCUGGUGGCAGGCUGCGACGAGACCGGCCCGCACCUGUUCCAGGUCGAUCCGUCCGGCUCGUACUGGGCGUGGAAGGCGGCGGCCAUCGGCAAGAACUACAUCUCGGCCCGCAAGUUCCUCGAGAAGCGCUACACCGAGGAUCUCGAUCUCGAAGACGCUGUCCACACCGCCCUCCUCACCCUUAAGGACGGCUUUGACGGCGAGAUGGACGAGACCAACAUUGAGGUCGGCGUCGUCGAUGUCGAGACCGGCAAGUUCCGCCUGCUGUCCGAGGACGUCAUCCGCGAGCACCUCGGCAACCUGUAGCUUGCUGGUGGUGGUGGCGUUGAUGUAAAAGAGUAGAUCAUGGA